CUUUGCCCCGCGAUUGCCAUGAAUUUUGCAGCACAGUUGCUCUACUCCAGGGCGUUAAAGAACAGAACGCCCAGGGUCUGCUCCCGCAAGGAUGAAGACUACGAUCCUUUCUGGCAAAGGGAUGACAGUAAGAUAAAGAAACAAGAUGCCCCAGCCCACUGUGCUCUUCACUGUUGUAAGGAUGGGCCGGUAAGAAAUGGUCAUAUUGGGCAGCGGCCACCCUCCAUCAACCCGGAGAGACUAAAAGAUUUUGCUGAGGAAGACUACCUGAACGGGGACGUGAAGACCUGGGAGAUGAAGAUAGUGAGUCGUAACGAGGAGUUGCUUGGGGAUGCCCAUUCCCGAAUCCCUCAGAAAAGCAGUAAGACCAGCCUGUCAAGCUAUAACAAGCUGAUUCGAUUUGAAGACAUUAGCGCAGCAGCUUUCAAAAUCCAGUGCGGUGUUCAGAAGACACCCUGCAUGUAUUCUAGGCUGUCCAAGCAGUAUGCAGUGGACAUCUACCUAAAGAAAGAGUUCCUCCAGUACACGGGAUCUGUGAAGGAACGAGGUGUGCUCCAUCUUCUGACAUCCCUGCCCCAGGAUCAGCAAAGAAAGGGGGUGAUCGUGGCUUCGGACAGUAACUUCUCCAUGGCUGUUGCUUACCAUGCCUCAGAGCUCCAUAUUCCAGUGUUUGUCAUCAUGCCAACCAGCACUUCCCCUGCCAGAGUGAAAACGUGCCGUGACUACGGCGCCAUGGUCAUCUCCUAUGGCACCACCACCAAGGAUUCCCAGCUGCAUGCGAGGAGGCUGGCACAGGAGAACAGCUAUCUCUACCUCGAAGAAGAGGACAGUGCUGCCUACCUGUCCGGCCUGGGCACGGUGGGGCUGGAGAUGUACGAGCAGGUGCCCAAGCUGGACGCGGUGGUUUUCCCUGCAGGAGGGCACUGCGGCCUGCUGGCAGGGUCGGCUGCUGCACUCAAGCAUCUCAACCCACAUAUCUCGGUGAUUGGGGUUGAAUCUGAAAGCUUCCCUGUGCUACAACAAUCCUUGAAGGCUGGCCACCCAAUUGAAGAGCAGGCUUGCAGCAACCACCACUUUUAUGGAGAUGUGAGUGGACAUGGCUUUGGCAGCAAUUCUUUGCAGCUCACCGGGAAACUCGUAGACAAGGUUGUUGCAGUGAGAGAGGAAGACAUCCUCAUUUCAAUGCUGAGAUUGCUGGAGUAUGAGCGAGCCACAGUCGAUGCAGAAGGGGCCAUUGGACUUGCAGCUUUAAUUGCUGGGAAGCUCCCAGAGCUGAAGGGAAAAAGAGUGGCAGUUGCCAUAUGCAGUGGAAACUUGGAAUUACAUUUGCUGCAAGAGUGCAUAGCUCGUGCACUGACCCUUGAUAACAGAGUGUGCAGGUUUUCCCUUGUGCUUUCUGACUGCCCAGGAGACAUUGCAAAGUUACUGGAGCUUCUGGCUCGGGAGGAAGCAAGAGUGUUGGAUCUCAAACAAGAACGCUUGUUUGUGACAACUGAACUCUUCACUGUUGAGGUCACCUGCACUGUAGAGACUAGAGACAAACUCCACACGGCUCAGCUGAGGACGGCGCUCCUGGAACGCUACCCGGCAGCCAAGUGGGCUGAACGGUGA